AUGGAGCCGCACGCAUCCGACGCCGCCGACAGCAAGCCGCGACUCCAGCUGCCGGCAAGCUGCGACCCGCCGUCGGCGAGCUCACCUGCGAAGCAGCUCGUAUGGAUCAUCUUCGGAGGCACCGGCCACAUGGGCCGCUCGCUGGUCAAGUGUGCCCUCUCCCGUGGUGACCUCGUCACCUCGGUCGGCCGCGUCUUCGAGUCCCGCCCCGAAGACAUGGCCGGCAUCCACGCCAACUGCCUCGGCACGCUAUGCGAUGUUCGCUCCCGCGAUUCCGUUGGCUCUGUCGUCCAGCAGACCCUGGAUCGCUUCCGUCGCAUUGACGUUGUCGCCAACUGUUCCGGCUACGGCGUCAUAGGCGCCUGCGAGGACCAGGACGAGCAUGACGUACGCAACCAGUUCGAGACCAACUUCAUGGGCACCGUCCACAUCAUUCACUCAACCUUGCCGUACUUCCGCAGGCAGAACACCGGCCGCUACCUCAUCUUCAGCUCGACCUCUGGCGCCCUAGGCGUCCCGGGCUUGGGCCCCUACUGUGCCUCCAAGUACGCCGUCGAGGGUCUCAUCGAGGCCAUGCUAUAUGAGACGGAUGCCUAUAACAUCAAGGCGACCCUCAUCGAGCCCGGCCUCGUCAGGCGCGAUGAGCCCGACACCGGGGGGAACCCUCUACCCACUUGGGGCCACUUCCUCAUCAAGCCUCCCAGCGACGACUAUGCUCACGCCACCUCGCCCGCGCUCCAUGCCAAGAGGAUGGUGCAAUGGCUCGGCGAUCGCCAGCCCACUAGUGCCGUUAAGUGCGCUGAGCUGGUUUGGCAGCUGGCUCACUGUUCCUACCCGCCUUUGCGCCUUCUCCUCGGGAGCUACGCCAUCGAAAGCAUCCGCGACCGUAUGCGCUCCGUCACGGAGGAGCUGGAGGAUUGGAAGCACCUUAACUUCCCCGCGCCUCAGGAUAGCGAGAAGGAACCGAGUCGAGAUGACGGCCCGGACGACCGUGCUAUAAAUAUUAUAUCUUAA